AGCUGUGCGCACUGCUGCUUCUAGCAGAGAGAGUCAGUCCGAGCGGCGGCUGUCCUUCCCAGGUGUUUCCAUUGUGUGCCCGAGAGCGAGCCGAGCCCGACAGACACAGAUAUUUUAUGAAUAAGCAUCAGAAGCCAGUGCUAACGGGCCAGAGGUUUAAAACCAGAAAGAGGGAUGAAAAAGAGAAAUUUGAACCUACAGUGUUUCGGGAUACGAUCAUCCAAGGCCUCAAUGAAGCUGGCGCUGACUUGGAGGCAGUAGCGAAAUUUCUUGACACAACAGGCUCCAGAUUAGAUUACCGCCGCUAUGCUGACACGCUGUUUGACAUUCUCAUAGCCGGGAGCAUGCUAGCUCCUGGCGGCACUCGCAUAGACGAUGGAGACAAAACCAAGGUGGCCAAUCACUGCGUCUUUGGAGCCAAUGAGGAUUAUGAGACUAUGCGUAAUUAUGCCCAGGUCUUCAGCAAACUGAUCAGGAGAUAUAAAUACCUGGAAAAAGCUUUUGAAGACGAAAUUAAGAAGCUUCUACUGUUUCUCAAGGCAUUUUCGGACAGUGAACAGACCAAGCUAGCUGUGCUGACUGGCAUAUUAUUGGCUGGUGGAACCCUCCCAGCCACUAUUCUCACAAGUCUCUUUUCCGAGAAUAUCGUCAAAGAAGGCAUUUCCGCCUCUUUUGCCGUAAAACUUUUUAAAGCAUGGAUGUCCGAGAAAGAUGCCAACUCUGUGACGUCAUCUUUACGGAAAGCCAAUCUGGACAAGCGGUUACUGGAACUGUUUCCAGCCAAUCGGCAGACAGUGGAGCAUUUUGCAAAGUAUUUCACUGACGCCGACCUCAAGGAGCUCUCCGACUUUCUGAGAGUCCAGCAGUCUCUUGGAACCCGCAAAGAGCUCCAGAAAGAACUGCAGGAGCGAUUAUCUCAAGAAUGUCCAAUCAAAGAGAUGGUGCUCUACUUAAAAGAAGAAAUGAAACGGAACGAAUUAGCCGAACACGCAGUGAUCGGGCUCCUGUGGACCUGCAUAAUGAAUGCCGUAGAGUGGAACAAGAAAGAAGAGCUGGUUGCAGAGCAGGCUUUGAAGCAUUUGAAGCAAUACGCACCCCUGCUGGCCGUUUUCAGCACACAAGGCCAGUCAGAGCUCGUGCUUCUUCAGAAGGUCCAGGAAUACUGCUAUGACAACAUCCACUUCAUGAAAGCCUUUCAGAAGAUUGUUGUUCUCUUUUACAAAGCCGAUGUUCUGGGGGAAGAAGCCAUAUUGAAGUGGUACAAGGAGGCGCACCUGGCCAAGGGGAAAAGUAUCUUUCUUGACCAGAUGAAGAAGUUUGUGGAGUGGCUGCAAAACGCAGAGGAAGAAUCGGAAUCUGAAGGGGAAGAGAACUGAGAAGUCGGGUUUGUAGCGGACGUCUCCUCGGGGAAAUGCCAUUCCGGGGACUCGCGGCUUUCUACAUAGAAUCUAUCAGAACCGUCAUCCGCUAGCAGCUCCCUUUGUGUGUAGGAAGAGCACUCCGGCCGUUAGGUUCUACAGGCGGAACUCUACCUCCAGUCUGUCUCUGAUUUACGGCAAAGCCAUUUAAUCAGGAGCCGACCAAUCAGGAAAAGACGCAGGCUCCUCUAUGGACUCCUAUUUAUUAGUCCUAUGUACAGAACUUUAGAUUGUGAUUUUUAGCUCUAUAGACGCUUGUGGAUGUGAUACAUGAAAUAAUGUUGUUUUUUUUUCCUUUGGAAUAAAUGCUUUUUAUCUUA